CUCUCUCUCUCUCUCUCUCCGUACCGCCCACUCAUAGCUCCUUGUGAUACCCCAGUUUCCGUCUCCUCCCCUUCUAAUCCGCCAAAAUGUCCACCAUCAAGUCGAUCCGCAGCAUUGCACCCCUCCUCGACCGCAUUCUCGUGCAGCGCAUCAAGCCCGAAGCCAAGACCGCCACUGGCAUCUUCCUCCCCGAGACAGCCGUCAAGGACCUCAACGAGGCCAAGGUGAUUGCCGUCGGCCCCGGCGCCAUUGACAAGGACGGAAAGCGCAUUGCGCCCAGCGUCCAGCCCGGCGACAAGGUCCUGAUUCCUCAAUUCGGCGGCAGCCCAAUCAAGGUCGGCGACGAGGAGUUGAGCCUGUUCAGGGACGCUGAGCUGCUUGCCAAGAUCAACGAGUAAAGGCGAAAAUCGAGUAGAUUGCAUCUACAUCUUGUAUCAGUACCCACGACCAAUACCUCUGACGCUUUCCGUUUUGAAUCCAUACCUACAUACCAAAAAUUUCACGCGAUGCGCUAGCAUACCCGCCGGGGCGUUCGUCGGCAUACCUAUACUUUUUUGGCUUGGGCAAAAAUUUUGUUGUUUGGAAAGCGAUUCUUCUAUGCAUGUAUUUACAAGAGACGGUUGACUUGGUGGAAAGGAAUGUCAAUGGAGAAACGAAACGACCACGAAAUGAAAUAAGAAUCUC